AUGUCUUCCGGCAAGGGCGCCCCCGACUUUCCAAACCUAGAAGCCAAGCUUCAAAAAUCAUCUAAACAGUCUGCAUUCGAGAAGCAGAAAGCAGAGGCCGAAGCCAAGCGAUUACGAGAAGAAGCCGAAACUGCCGCCGUGUACAACGAAUUUGUUAAGAGUUUCGACCGCGACGAUGAUUACGACGGCCACAGCGCGUCCGGCUUUUCAGCGCCCUCGCGCCCUCGACCAGGAUUUGGAGGCCCGCCGCCUCCCUCGGGACCCGGUCGACGACACUUUGGUACCUCGGGACUGAAGAGUGGCCCGGGAAGCUUGGGACCGCCACCGUCCUCAUUCGGGAAGAAGCGAUCUUUCCAGGACUUUGCGAGGGCGCCUCGUGAGAAAGGAGUAUUGGGUUAUGACGAGGGCAGCGGCAGUGGAAGCGCACUUCCAGCAUCCAGAGCUUUUAACACGAGUGAUGAUGAGGAUAUGGAUGGCGCGUCAAAUCGAGCCGAGGAGAGGGCGAUUGCUAAGCCCACACUGCGACUGUCGAACAUACCACCGGGAACCUCACCAGCUACAAUCAAGGCACUGAUUCCAGAGAACUUGGUAGUUGAGGAUGUCAGAAUGACAUCUUCCACCGGCUCUGCGGGAUCAGAACGAAAGCAUGCGGUUUCGAUUGUGAUAUUGUCCCAGGAUACACCCGCAAACGACAUCGAGGCAGCCGUCAACGCGCUGCAGAACCGGUAUCUAGGCUAUGGUUACUAUUUAUCUUUGCAUCGACAUCUUUCCUCAGCUGUUGCAAGUUCGGUAGCGUUGCCAGCCAUUGGUUUCAACUCAGCAUCCCAUCCUUUUGGAGCGAAACCUGUUGAGCAGUCAUCAGGACCACAUAAUGCACCCGCACAGCACGGCUUCCAUAAAGGAUUUGCGCCUCCCACCUCAUACGGACCUCCAGGUGCCGGCGUCAACCGGUCUAACUUAUUACACGUGCCAGUGAAACCGCCAUCAGACGUUAAAACCAUUCAAUUGAUCAGCAAGGUCAUCGAAGGAGUUCUCGAGCACGGCCCAGAGUUCGAGGCAUUGCUAAUGUCACGGCCUGAGGUUCAGAGGGAAGAGAAGUGGGCGUGGAUAUGGGAUGCAAGAAGUCAAGGUGGUAUAUGGUAUCGAUGGAGAUUAUGGGAGAUCAUUACAGGUUCACAACAAUCACGACAGAAGGGCAAAUACGUCCCCCUUUUCGACGGCUCACAUGCGUGGAAGGCCCCGGAGAAGAACCUGAAAUUCGAGUACACAACCAAACUUGAUGAGUUCGUAUCGGACUCAGAGUACAACUCAUCCGACGACGAGGACUUUGAUGACGAGAAUAAGCGGGAAACCGCAGAUCCCGAGUCCGAGAAAACAUUCCUCAACCCGCUGGACAAGGCCAAGCUCACACAUUUACUGGCGCGAUUACCAACAUCAAUGUCGAGGCUGAGAAAGGGCGAUGUUGCAAGGAUCACAAGCUUUGCAAUUGCUCAUGCAAGCCGUGGAGUUGACGAGGUUGUAGGAAUGAUCACAUUCAACGUCGAGAAGCCAAUCGCUCUUACCGGCGCAAAUCCUGAGAAGAAAGCAGACAUUAAAGACGUACAACCGGGCGCGCAGGAAGAGGCAUCGAGGGAGGAGGGCGUCGAUAUCAGUGCUGCUAGCCUAGUAGGCUUGUAUGUCGUAAGUGACAUAUUGUCAUCUUCAUCGACAAGCGGCGUGCGGCAUGCAUGGCGAUUUCGACAACUAUUCGAGACAUCGUUAAAGGACCGCAAGACCUUUGAAACACUAGGUCUUAUGGCUGAGCGACUUAAAUGGGGUCGUUUACGCGCCGAAAAAUGGAAGCGUAGUAUUCACCUUGUCCUUAAUCUUUGGGAGGGAUGGUGUGUCUUCCCAGCUGAGAGUCAAGAGUUAUUUGUUCGAAGCUUUGAAACCCCGCCAUCAUCGACUACUACUGAAAAGGAGAGUAACGAAGAGAGGAAGGGCAAAUGGAAGACGGUAGAAGAUGCUCAAGCGCGGGUACUGCCAGUAUCAACCGCGGUUGAAGAAGAGGAUGACGUGCCGGGCGAAGCGAUCGACGAAGACGAUAUUAUAGGGGAGCCGGUGGAAGAGGACGACAUCGAAGGCGAACCUAUUGACGAGGAUGAUAUCGAAGGCGAGCCGAUUGAGGAAGAUGAUGUGGUUGGCGAACCAAUGGACGAGGAUGAGGCUGUAGGAAGUGAACCGCCACCAGCACCUUCAGAACAGCCCCCCACUGAGAGCGGAAACAAUGACCUAGAACAGGCGUGCAGAGCCGGACCGCCUAGAAGGCGGAUGCGAGCGGUGGAUAUGUUUGCGGAUUCCGACGAUUCGGAUAAGGAAAAGGGCGCAUAA